AUGGCGCACGCAAACAAGCGCUGCAAAGAUAUCUCCAUCGGUGAAUACGAUACAGCAACAGGACUCACGCACAUCACGCACCAGCGAGGGCGACUGCUGUUCAACAUGGGGGCCAGCGUCAAGAAACAACAGCGUCGGGAGCCCAACGUCACGGUCCCAUCAGCAGCUUCAAGCCCGAAAGGCAAAAGCUCUGGACCACCACACGCCACCGGCACGUUCACUGGUCUGUCAUUGUAUCCAGAGGAAGCCAACUACCUGCUCCAGCGAGGGGCAUUGGCGAUCUAUGGGACGUCAUCGGACGACAACGACACCAAAGCAUUGAGCGUUGCCGACUUUGCAGCACUGGUGGCCAGAGAUACCAGCGUCUCACUUGCGUGCUUGGAAGUAUACGCGUUCCUGAAAGACCAGAAGCUGCACCCCCGACGCUGCCUCGAACCUGCUGCAGCAGCUUCAGCAACGGCUGUGGGCAGUCGUCAAGACGGGCGGCGCGUACCCCACCAUGUCGAAGAGAGCACUGGAUCCUGUGACGUGGCGUUCGACGUCUGGAAAACAGCGGCAGUCCCGAUCCCCCCACGUGCUGACACGAGUGCAGAGCACGCGACAGAGCCGUCUGCACCAGCACCGGCAGCGAAACUACGCAAGCAGAGAAAGGAACUGGUGCUGGUCUUCCGCGUGGCCGUGUGUCGCUAUUGGGACAGCGCUCCCCGUCCGCAGCGCCUCCGGCUGAUCCUGCAGCGCAGCAACGCUCGCGAUGGCGCGUCGAGCAGUUGCAGGUCAACACUGACGCGCGACCACGUGCCCGUGAAAGUGGCCGUCGUUCACCACGACCGGAGCGUGCUGCUCUUUGAAAUCAGUGCGACUUGA